AUGGCUCCAUUGCCAAAUUUUUUAAAGAUAACUUCUAUCAAUGAGGUACAUGAUAUUAUAAAAAGAGAGAUGGAAAACGAUGAAAUAAAUCAAUUAACAACUACACCAUCUUCAAUUUAUAAAUAUGAUAUGAAUGAUAAAACAUACCUUCGUUUAACAUUAGUUUUAAUUGCUAUUAUACUUCUUAUAGCAUCUUUUAUUGUAUCAAAAUUUUAUAUGAAAAAACGUGGUACAUCAAGAAUAAGAAGGUACGAAACAUUAUCAGCCAAACAGUUGGCUCCUGAUUUGAUUCUCAAUUCAGAUGAUGAUGAUGAUGAAGAUGAUGAUUAUUUGUUUGGAUCGAAUGAUGAUGUACGUCGUCAAUUGAUAUCUACCAUUACAUCAACAUAA